UUCUUCCAUUUUUCUUAACCAUCUUUUAUUUGUUUUUAUUUCAUAUUCGUAAAUUUGCUUGCUUUCAUGUUUAAUCUUCUAAACAGAAUUGGCUUGUUUUUGUCAUUUGGGUCUUCAGAUAAGUUGCUAUAUUUAGUGUUGGAGUGCUAUUUGAGGGUUUUUGAGUGCUGGGGUUCGUGUUUUUUGAUAGAGAAUUAUACCUGUUUGAGUUAAUCUCAUACUGGGAUUUAAUCGUUGAACCAAUUUAUACAUUUUUCAAUUGUUGGUGUUUAGUUUAGUUAUUGGUCUUCAACUAAAAAUGGGCAAUUGGUGGUUUUUGUCCCUUGUUGGAUGAUGAAACAUAAGAUUCAAGGUGGAUUCCUCGUUCUUUGUUCUGCUUCUAAAUUAUCAGCUACCAAAGUGAGCAGAGUUUUGGUUUUUGUUAGAUUGGUUUGUUAAUUGAGGCUUCCUAUUAAGUUUGUACUUUCUCCAUUGAAAGCAGUUCUUUUUUAAAGUGAUUCCUUGCCUGCUUUCUUAUAUAUCUACCUAAAGUUUUCAGGAUUGUUGCUUCAUGCCCGACAAGAUAACAUGGAUAAUAGAAAUGUCAAUAACCCUGAGUUCAAAUGCAUCUGAUUACCAGCUCAAAUGAGGGAGGCUGCUGUUGUUGCGACGUCUUCUGAUACAUGAUACAUCACUUAUUUGCAAAACUGUUGCCCGGAAUCAGAGAAGGAAUAACUAAAGAUCAAUGGAAGAAUCACGGGGGCAUUUUCUUCCCUCUGAUGUUCCUGAAUCUACAUCUUCCAAUAACAGUGAAAGGCUUAAUUCAGGUGCGCAUGCGAUUCGUGGGUCUGGCUUCCCAGGUGUGAAGAAGAGAGGGCACAACAGUCGUUCAUGGAUAAAGAUUGAUCAAGAUGGGAAUGCAAAGAUUUUGGAGCUUGAUAAGGCUAGAAUAAUGAGACAAUGUUCUUUGCCAUCCAGGGACCUAAGGCUUUUGGACCCUUUGUUUAUUUAUCCUUCAACAAUACUAGGAAGGGAGAAGGCUAUCGUGGUCAGUCUUGAGCAAAUAAGAUGUAUAAUCACAGCUGAGGAGGUUAUCUUGAUGAAUUCUUUGGAUAAAAAUGUUGUUCAAUACAAGUCAGAAUUAUGCAAGCGUCUUCAGACAAAUAAAGACCAAGCUGAUGACCUGCCAUUUGAAUUUAGGGCUCUGGAACUGGCAUUGGAACUGACCUGCACGUCUUUGGAUGGACAGGUGAAGGAACUGGAAAUGGAGAUAUAUCCGGUGCUAGAUGAACUAGCAUCAUCCAUUAAUACUCUUAACCUGGAACGUGUUCGUAGAUUAAAAGGCCACCUCCUUGCAUUAACUCAACGAGUUCAGAAGGUCCGAGAUGAGUUAGAGCAUCUUAUGGAUGAUGAUGGUGACAUGGCUGAGAUGUACCUCACGGAGAAAAAACUAAGGUCAGAGGGUAACACCCCCAGUGAACUAAAUGCUCCAACAAGUUUUUCUGAUGGGACCAGACCAGUUUCAAAAUCUGCUCCUGUUUCACCAGUGGCAUCAGCCAAUGGAGCCCAGAGAUUGCAAAGGGCAUUUAGCAGUAUUGUGACUUCAAGUAAACAAGGAAGCUUAAUUAGUUCAUCAAGUGGUGGGGAAAAUAUUGAACAACUUGAAAUGUUACUUGAAGCAUACUUUGUUGUUAUUGAUCAUACUCUCAGCAAGUUGUUCUCGCUCAAAGAAUACAUUGAUGAUACUGAAGAUCUGAUCAACAUUAAAUUGGGUAAUGUUCAAAACCAUCUGAUUCAAUUCGAGUUACUUCUCACCGCUGCAACUUUUGUAGCCACGGUAUUUGCUGCUGUAGCGGGAGUCUUUGGAAUGAACUUUGCAGCUUCAAUUUUUGAUUACCCAUCUGCAUUUAGUUGGGUUCUCGUUAUAACAGGUGCUGGAUGUGGAUUAUUAUACUUUUCUUUCUUGUUAUAUUUCAGGUACAAGAGAGUAUUCCCAUUAUAAAUUGUUGAGCUUAUAGACGAAAAAUAUUAUUCUUCUAUCGCCAUUGUUAGCAUAUGUCUUGCAAUUGCAGUGGGCCUUGACAACUUUUUCACCUUUCAUCUUUCUUCUUCAAAAUUUUUGGGUACUUGGUACACAGCCACUUGCUUUGGAACUUUAUCAAUGAGAAGUCUGAUAC